UUGUCAUAUCCUGCUUCUCCUAUGCAAGAACUUUGGCCGAUCAUGCUAAUGACCGAAUGCAUCGCCUUAGGAGGAACCAUAACCAGUUAACUUACUACUCGAUAUUGCAAUGACCUUGUGCAAUGAGUAAGCGGAAGACAUGUCGAUCAGCGUGGGGAAGCCCGACGCUCCCAGUGCUCUGUUAUUGUACCUACUGUGUGGAGAUCCCCGUCGGCCCGACGGGGGCUCUUUCAGCAGCACGCCAAAUCCGACUUUCAACAAAUUGAAACAGAUGCAAAUUUUUCCUGUCAAUAUCCUUGCAUUCCGCUGAGUAAUAUCGGAAAGAUGAGACGUCUGGGACCAGAAUUGACGAUGUUUAAAUGGAGCUGCUUGUCAGUCUUCAAAUGUCACUCAACCAGAUUCCAAAGUACGAGGAAGUUACCUACGAUACCUCAUCGGCAUGGCUAGCCUUUACCGUCAUUUGGAAGACUGGAUGGUACUAGAGGGCCUCCCAGUCAUGAAGAUCGGUAUCAUUCAGAUUCUUACAGUCGCCGUUGUCACCUUGGUCCUGGUUGCGUUGAUCAAACACCUCUACUAUCGCGCUUGGCACCCAUUGGCCUCGUUCAAGGGCCCUUCAGCAGCUGCUACGUCCCGACAUUGGAUCUACCGAGUGACAGACCGUGGCUUUCCCGAGGAGGAACUCGAAAAGCUCCAUGAAGAGUACCAAACGCAAGCCCUACGGAUUGGUCCCAACGAGCUGCAUAUCAGCGAUGUCUCGCAAUACAAGGUCAUCUACAGUCAAAACAAGCCGUUCCCGAAACAUGGACCCUUCUAUGAUGGCUUCAACACCCCCCAUACGGUCUUUACCGAAACCGACGCGGGGAUGCAUAAAGAGCGCCGACGGCUGCUGAAUCCUCUGUUCUCCCGUGCGGGCGUCUUCAAACUCGAGCCCAUUAUUCACGCGAAGACGGGGGUGUUGAUGCAAAAGAUCCGUCGUCUGCAAGAUACUCAUGAUAUCAAUGUCUAUGAUGCGUUUAGAUGUCUAACUACGGAGAUCAUUAUGGAGUUCGCCUUUGCUAAAUCGGCUAAUAUGCUGGAAGAGAGCUCAACUACAUUCCAAUCGUGGUUUCUUACCGCGUUCGACGCCGUGGCCCGAAGCUUCUGGAAAUUGCAGGAAUGGCCUCUCGCUCGGAAAGCCGCUGGGAUCCUGCCCAUAGGCGUAGUAACCCUCAUAGAUCCCCAAAUCGCGAAUGUAAUCAAGAUGUUGAAGUUUGCAGAAACCUGUCUCCAACACUAUGAACGUAACGGAAACACAACCUCUCAUCCUGUUGUAUUCGACAAUCUAUCUUCUGUUCCGUAUGAUUUGAAGGUCACCGAGGCAGUUGAUAUCCUGAUUGCCGGGGCAGACACGACGGCAUCAACGCUCACUGCUGGACUAAUGAACAUACUGUCAAACCCAGGCAUUCAUUCAAAGUUGGUGAAUGCUGUGCGCGGCGCAGACAUAGAUGUCGAUGGCCAUUCGGACUAUCAGCUUUUGGAAUUGGAAAAAGUGGCUUACCUGUCUGCCUGCGUCAAGGAAUCUCUCAGGAUCGCCAUGCCUGUGCCCGGACGCCUUCCAAGGGUCGUUCCGCAUGACCUUGCUCAGCCUUUUGUCGUCGACAAUCAAGUAAUCCCGCCCGGCACUGUUGUUUCCAUGUCCGCCUACACGAUGCAUACCAGCGAGGAGAUUUGGGGACCUGACGCACGCGUCUUCAACCCUGACCGCUGGCUGCAGCCGGAAGCCAAAGCACUCGAGCAGUAUCUCUGUACAUUUUCCAAAGGCGCUCGGAUGUGCAUUGGUCAAAAUGUCGCUUAUGCUGAGGUUACGAUUGUGAUGGCGUACCUAUUCAGGAACUUCGAUAUCCGCUUGCCUUCGGACUUUCGUCCGCCCCAGAGAAAAGAUCUGUUCACUAUGGAAUACUCGAAGCCGGGCUUGCCCCUGAAGUUUUCUAGUCGUGCAGAAAGGUAA